CUUAAUUGAUAUGGUUGCAUUAUCUCGGAAUUUUCCUCUUCUUGUGUUAAAAAAUGGUUAGACUGUAGUAGUGUAGUCCCACGCGCACCUAUAUAAUGUUAGAUAUAAUCGAGGAACUAUUGUGUUCUUCAUCAGUUGUCAGCACUGUGUCAAAGAUCCAAAAAUGAAAGUAUUCGUGGUAUUAUCCGUCCUGAUCGCCUUCACGGCUGCCGCCAGUCUGACUCCAGCUGAGUUGGACCUAGCAGAGGCUUUCGACUACGAAGCUCUCUUCUCCAAUGAUGAGCAGAGGAAACUGGUGUUUGAUUGCAUUCUGGGCAAGGGAGAGUGUGGUGAUUACCAAAAAAUGGCAGAAAUUUCACGGAAGGUUCUAGAGAGUAAAUGUGCGGACUGCAGCCCUCCACAGAAAGCCAAAUACGAGACUGUGCUGAAAACCAUUCAGACCAAAUACGAGCCUUUUUACAACGAACUCUUGAAGAACGUGGCAGCCAAGAAGGAAUAAGUUUAUAAAACAACGUAUCUCAAAUUUUUAUUGGACGUUUUUAAGUGAAAUAUUUUAUGUAUCGACGUUACCAUUUCAAAUAAAUCAUUUAAAAAAUUUCA